CCUCAAAUUAGAGAGGGACAGGUCGGGGGCUGUGGCUCACGCCGGUAAUCCCAACACUUUGGGAGGCCGAGGCGGGCGAAUCACGAAGUCAAGAGAUGGAGACCAUCCUGGCCAAUAUGGUGAAACCCCGCCUCUACUAAAAAUACAAAAAUUAGCUGUGCGAGGUGGCGGGCGCCUCUAGUCCCGGCUACUCGGGAGGCCGAGGCAGGAGAAUCGCUUGAACUCGGGAGGCGGAGGUUGCAGUGAGCCGAAUUCGCGCCACUGCACCCUAGCCUGGCGACAGAGCGAGACUCCGUCUCAAAAAAAAAUAUUCGAGAGGGAUGGUGUUCCGCCUGCCUGUCCCCGGAAGUGACGUUAAUGUCCGCCUCCCUGAGGAAGUGACGACAGGAGUGCCCUUGACAGGCAGGGAGGGCUAAGCUGUGCAUCCCUCCGCUCGCGUUGCAGGGAGACGACCCUGGGUUCCAGUGUUGGCUGUCAGUAGUGGGGUUACUUUGGGCAUGUCACUUAACUUACUUGAGCCUCGGAUGCCUUUCCUUAUUUGCAAUGUGGGCAGUACAAUAGCAACUUCCUCAAAGUUGCUGUAGGAAGAUCAAGAAUAUGUGUAAGAUGGCUCAGCGACUUCUCCUAAGGAGGUUCCUGGCCUCCGUCAUCUCCAGGAAUCCUUCUCAGGGUCGGUGGCCACCCCUCACUUCCAGAGCCCUGCAGACCCCACAAUGCAGUCCUGGUGGCCUGACUGUAACACUCAACCCAGCCCGGACAAUAUACACCACCAGGAUCUCCUUGACGACCUUUAAUAUCCAGGAUGGACCUGACUUUCAAGACCGAGUGGUCAACAGUGAGACGCCAGUGGUUGUGGAUUUCCACGCACAGUGGUGUGGGCCCUGCAAGAUCCUGGGGCCGAGGUUAGAGAAGAUGGUGGCCAAGCAGCACGGGAAGGUGGUGAUGGCCAAGGUGGAUAUUGAUGACCACACAGACCUCGCCAUUGAGUAUGAGGUGUCGGCGGUGCCCACUGUACUGGCCAUGAAGAAUGGGGACGUGGUGGACAAGUUUGUAGGCAUCAAGGAUGAGGAUCAGUUGGAGGCCUUCCUGAAGAAGCUGAUUGGCUGACAAGCAGGGGCGAGUCCUGGUUCCCUUGCCCGCGUGGGACCCCAGUAGAACUCAGCCCUUCCACGCCAGCCCUUCCUGCUGCCUCCCUCCUGUCUGGCCUCUGGGGCCUGUGCUUAGAGCCCGGGCUCCAGCCCUGAGUGCUUCUGAGCUGGUGGACUGCCCAGGGGCCAUCAGAGGAUGGUGCUGCUGCUGAUCUGGGGACCGCCGUCUUCCCUCCCACACGCAUUUCAUCCCUCCCUCUAGGGCCUGUGGCAGUUCUCCCAGGAUGCGUGGAGAGAGCCUGGGCCAGCCCACAGCGUUCCUGGUCAGGCAGCCACACCUUGGUCCUCAUCUCUGGUCCCUUCCGAUCUGAAGCCUCGUACCUGGCUCAUCUCCACCUGCAUUUCUCUUUCCUGCUGCUGUUUUGGAAAAAGAAAAAAAAGAAGCCCAAAUUAGUGAGAAUAAUAUCUAAUUCUCUCAUUUUUUGCAGGUCUGUGAUAAAGAACUUAGUCAUCCCUUCCACCUCCUACUGUGAAGAGCAACCCUGGGUCUCACACUGAAAUCCCCUCUAGUCACCCAUCCUCACCCCCCAGGGAGCCCCCUCCCACCUCACCUCCCAGGCAGUGGGGCAGAAAAUGAUUAAUGGGCUGGGGAGCCCUGGAGAACCUUGACUCUGGAAGUCUCGAGGCACCUCCUUCGCUCCUUAGCUGGCCCAUUGGUUUUCUGAGCCGGGGGCUGAACUGUGAACAAGUCAGACCAAUAAAGCAAGGGUCUGCACCGUC